AUGUCCAAGGUUAUAACUAAACCAAGUCUGUCUCUGGAUUCUCUGCUGCAGCAUGAGCUGUUCCAAGAUGCACGGGCAGGGAAGGUAGACUCUCAGGAAGAGAGACUACGCGAGUGCAGAGACCUAUACCUAAAGGCGCACUUCGGCGGGUUCCUCGUAAAGGUGUACCAGUACGGAUUGCUUGAAGACGGAGCUCAGCGUUAUACAGCCGAUGUUUGGGGGUGGGUGCUUGCGGCAGUGAAUGGACUCCGCUCCGCCAAUGAAAUACCGUCCAGCGUUCUCCGGCAGCUAAGAACAGAGUUAAGCCGCAGCAGCGGCGGAGUGUAUGAUGUGGUUAGCGCGCUCAGCGUGUUGGAACGUGCGCGCCUGUUGUUAAGCUACUUCCGGUCGGCUGUGCGCCUUGGCAGCCUAGAUACAGCGGAAAACGCAGAUUACUUGCGGCGAGUGGAGGGAAACCUAUGCCGUGAACUCGGGCGCUUAGUACUUGACGUGCACAGCGAGCAGGAGCUCGGCUACUUGGUGAAGCUGGUUGAACUCUACCUUCUUGAUCUCCAGGUACGGUGCCUCCAUCGCGAGAUGGAUAAGUCAUUGUACUGGACCCUCUGCCGCAAGUUCCCGUUAAUGAGUAGAAAACUCUCCGGCUCGCCACAAAGCCGCAACGGCGUUUCUUGCGAGGAACACAUUCUUCUGCAGCUCCAGCCCAAAAAGAAGACCAUCAAGAACAAGCAUGCAUCGUCGGAACGCCGCGUGGCCCGCCCGUCCUCUGCGGCGCCGCCGCGUCCUGGCGCGCGCCAGCAGGACCGCGUCGCUCGGCCCAAUCUGCCACUCAUGACCCCGGGCUCGCCCAUGCUGACUGCUGACCGCUCUGAGAAUUGUGAGCGCAAGCCACGCCAUUCUUACGCAGCCAUCUUGAAUUAUCUUCCGAAAUGGCUGACAGAUUUCACUGACUCCAGAUUCAUCGCCCUCGUAGUAAUGCUGGCCAUCGCAUUGAGGAAGUUGCGCUGGUUUAAAUUACUAUCGAGCCAUGGCCUAGUUCAUAUUCGGACUAUAUUCAACGCUGCCCGUGGCCUUUGA